AUGCAUUAGGAUUAAGGCAUAAAUAAUGAAGAGUUUGUCAAAGUGAUUGAUAAGAUAAAUGAGUUGAUAAAAAAAUUUGAAGAAUAUAAAAAAUAAAAUUUGUAAGUAGUGAUGCUAGUAGGAAAUACUGGCAAUGGAAAAAGCACUCUGUUUAAUUUCUUAUCAGGUUUUGACUUAGUGACCAAAUAAGAUAGUAAGAAAACAAGUUUGUAAUUAAAAAACCCAUAAUAAGAAGGGACAUCAAUUAUAAAAGGUGGACUUAUAUCUGUAAUAAAGGAGCCUCAAUAUUAUUUUUCUAUCCAUAACAGUCAUUUAUUAAUUGAUUUUCCAGGUUUCCAUGAUACAAAAGGAUUUAUGCAACAAUCUUUAAUAUAAAUUUUGUUUAAUAGAAUAGUUACUUAGACUUCAAUAAAAAUAGUUUAUGUUGUUAAAUAAAGUGAUGAUGAAUUAUCUGGAAGGGGUCGAGAAUUGUAAAAAUUUAUUAGUUAAUGUUUUGGGUAAUAGAAUUAAGAUUUUACUUAAAUAACUCUUCUCUUAAAUUCUUAUAUGGGUGAUUUAGAAGACGAAGAACUUGCAUCAUCAGUAAGACUGCAAUUGUAAGAAAUUUAUGAAAAGCCAAAUGAGAAAAUAAUUGUGGUAAGAAAAAUCAAAUCUGAUUAAGAACUUAAAGAAUAUUUUAGCAAAGCUAAAAGAGAUGAACUUUGGAAAUCUAUUGAAACAUCCUAUACAAUCAAAUUUAAACCAGCUUAAUUUUAAAGGCAUGGUGAAAUAGCUACUUUUAUAAAUUCAAGAUGUUUUUCAUUUACUAAUAAACUUGUUAGUGAGAUAUGCUAGUCAUUAGAUAAAUAAAUUGAAAAAUUAGAUAAAGAAAAAAUGAAAACUCUUUUAUUUCAUUUCAUGGAAAUAGGUUUAUUAAUAGAAAUGGAUAUGAACUAAAAUGUAUAUGGAUGGUAUGAAAAGUUAAUCAAUAUAAGUUAACAAAUUACAGAACUACUUGGUUGUUAGAACAAUAUAAAGAAAGAAAUUUCAACUUUCUUAAAGAUUUUCAAAUUUUUAUCUUAAGAAGAAGAUAUAAUAGAAACUAAAGUAGUUCUUAGAGAAAAUUCAGAACUUAUUAAAAAUUAAUUAAUAACUUAAGAAAAGACAAUAAGAUAUAAAAUGACUGUAAUAGAAAAUGAGGCUAACGCUAGAAAGGACGAACCGUAAAUGCUGGAAUUUUUGUAAAUAUUACAAUCAGCUAUGAUUUUAAAAGAAUUGUAGAAUAAAAAUGAAUUAGAAAAAAAAAGAUAAGAAAGAGAAAGUCAAAAAAAUUGUAUAGUAUUUUGAACGAUAUGAC